UUCUUGUGCUGCUGGUUCGGGUCCUUGUGGUAGGGCACGAUGCGAGGCUGGAAGUCGUCGUCGCCGCCGCCGCCUUCUCCUCCUCCGUCAUCCUUGGGAUCCUUCUGAGCGUCCCCCCUGCCCAGCCCACAACAGCGCAGCCAUGCCUUCCGAUUUAGCCAAAAAGAAGGCGGCUAAGAAGAAGGAGGCCGCCAAGGCCCGGCAGCGCACCAAGAAGCCGGAAGAGAUGAACGGCGAGGGCGACCGGGCGGAGAGUCAGCCCAACGGAGCAGUCAGUAACGGCGUGGACAGUUUGACCAAGGAGCUGGACGAGUUUGAGCUGGCCAAGACGGAGGCGCGCGCAGUGACGGGCGUGCUGGCCUCGCACCCCAACAGCACCGACGUCCACAUCAGCAGCCUGUCGCUCACCUUCCACGGCCAGGAGCUGCUGGUUGACACCAGCCUGGAGCUCAACUCGGGGCGGCGCUACGGCCUCAUCGGCCUGAACGGCACGGGGAAGUCCAUGCUGCUCUCGGCCAUCGGGCACCGCGAAAUCCCCAUUCCGGAGCACAUCGAUAUCUACCACUUGACCCGGGAGAUGGCGACCAGCGAUAAGACGGCGCUGGAGUGCGUCAUGGAAGUGGACGAGCAGAGGAUCAUGCUGGAGAAGGAGGCGGAGCGGCUGGCGCACGAAGACUCCGAGUGCGAGAAGCUGAUGGAGCUCUACGAGCGUCUGGAGGAGCUGGACGCCGACAAGGCGGAAGUUCGAGCCUCGCGGAUCCUCCAUGGUUUGGGCUUCAGCGCCGCCAUGCAGCAGAAGAAGCUAAAGGACUUCAGUGGAGGGUGGAGAAUGCGCGUCGCACUCGCCAGAGCCCUCUUCAUCAAACCUUUCAUGUUACUGCUGGACGAGCCCACCAACCACUUGGACCUGGACGCGUGCGUGUGGUUGGAGGAGGAGCUCAAAUCCUUCAAACGCAUCCUGGUGCUCAUCUCGCACUCUCAAGACUUCCUGAACGGCGUGUGCACCAACAUCAUCCACCUGCAUCAGAGGAAACUCAAGUACUACACGGGUAACUACGACCAGUAUGUGAAAACCAGAGAGGAGCUGGAGGAGAACCAGAUGAAGCGCUUCAACUGGGAGCAGGACCAGAUAACACACAUGAAGAACUACAUCGCCCGGUUCGGUCACGGCUCUGCCAAGCUGGCCCGACAGGCGCAGAGCAAAGAGAAGACGCUGCAGAAGAUGGUGGCCUCGGGCCUGACUGAGAAAGUUGUCAAUGACAAGACGCUGUCAUUUUAUUUUCCUCCCUGUGGGAAGAUCCCCCCUCCUGUUAUCAUGGUUCAGAACGUGAGCUUCAAGUAUGGUGACAACAUGCCGCACAUAUACAAAAACCUGGAGUUUGGUAUCGACUUGGACACGAGGGUGGCUCUGGUGGGGCCCAACGGUGCCGGCAAGUCCACCCUGCUCAAGCUGCUCAUGGGAGAGCUGCUACCCACAGACGGCAUGAUCCGCAAACAUUCUCACGUCAAGAUCGGCAGAUAUCACCAGCACUUGACAGAGCAGCUGGAACUGGACCUGUCGCCCCUGGAAUACAUGAUGAAGUGUUUCCCCGAGAUCAAGGAGAAAGAGGAGAUGAGGAAGAUCAUCGGCCGCUACGGACUCACGGGGAAGCAGCAGGUGAGCCCCAUCCGCAACCUGUCGGACGGGCAGAAGUGCCGCGUGUGCUUCGCCUGGCUGGCCUGGCAGAACCCGCACAUGCUGUUCCUGGACGAGCCCACCAACCACCUGGACAUCGAGACCAUCGACGCGCUGGCCGAGGCCGUCAACGAGUUCGACGGCGGCAUGAUGCUCGUCAGCCACGACUUCAGGCUCAUCCAGCAGGUGGCCCAAGAAAUCUGGGUGUGCGAGAAGCAGACCAUCACCAAGUGGAACCGGGACAUCCUGGCGUACAAGGAGCACUUGAAAUCCAAGAUCGAAAAGCAGCAAGCGCAUGACAUUUAACGUGAGUCACUCUCGUUAUCUUGCGCUGUUUAGUUGGCCUGGGAAGGGAAGCUGGGUUUGCGUCCAUGUGCGCUAUUUCCACGCUUUAACGCCACCCUCUUGUCCCGCCCCUUCUCCUCAGGCUGCACUCAGAUUGGCUGAGUCACAGUGCACCGUUGUGCAGUCUGCAUUAGUUUUUACUUUCUCCACCACCAAAAGUUCUGUUAGAUCAUUUCUGCAGGAGCUUUUACGUCAUAUUUAGAAGUUGACUUUCUUUCAGUGUAAAAGAAGUUCUACCUUAUUUAACAAUGUAAUGCAAUAAAGGUCCGUCUCAAUAAACAGAACAUGGAA